CUAACUAUGCGACUCAAUACAGCAGCGGGUCGUUGCACAUAGCUCAUAACAUGCGACGACAUUUGUAAUAAAGCAGCGAAAGUAGUUCUCGAUCUCGCAGCGGCAGUAGUUGUAAAUGCGACAAACACUUCUACAAAUGACUAGAAGCUGUAGUGUAGAAAACGUUAUGUUUGCGUCAAACCUAGAUGAAGAUGUUCAUGCAUGCAACCGCACUCGGCAAAUUUUCUCUUCUCCCCUCUUUUAA